AUGAUGAAUCCUGCUCGAGCACAGAUGCUUGCCAGGGCCAGCCCAGACGACGCAAGAGACCCGACUCCAUUACCUGAGGUUGAUGAUGAAGAGGGCUGGGACCUGGGUCCUCUCAGAUCUGGUUCAAACUGCAGUGCCUUGGGUGAUCGCUCUCGGCGAAUUUCUCGAAGUUCGCAGCAGCCUGAAGGCUCGCGAGUGGCCUCCGCCCGUAGGCCAGACGCGGGCCUCCCACGGUUGCGAGAGGACAUCAAUUCCAACACUUUCAGUUUUCCAAAGCGUCCUUUAAGCGAUGUGGUAAAGCAUGAAGAUGGCGACAGAGAGAAGAAGCCGAAGCUUAAUACGACCAAGUACUACACGGAUGUUCAGACACUUGGUCGAGCUCCUCAUCCAGACGCCGAUACUAGAUAUCUUGCAUCGCUCCUUAAAAACCGCACUUUGCUCCUCACUUUACAGGGUCUCCCCAGGAAGAACUCAGACCCUCCCAAGCCGAAGACUUAUGAGUUCCGCAUCUCCCAAGCCGGGCUGGCACAGCAUGAGAGACUAUCUCUCAUCGCGCACACUCGAGCUCUUCCGUUGUUUUCUCCAGAAUCAGCUACCUCUUCUAAUGAUGGGAGCAUCUCGCAGACCAUCGUUGGUGAGUUGCUUGAGGAUCUUUGGCCAAGUCUGUCGAAGCACGAGAAGUAUCAGUACGCCCGACAACUCCGCAACCUACUCGUAAAGUUGAGGUGUAAUGGAAGGGUUCCUGCGGGCGGUGCCUUUGGAUCGGCCCAUUCGGGACCAUACGGGCUGAUUUUGGACAGACAUCAGAGCCAUACAUACUUCGCAGUGAGACAGGAUCCGAAUCAGCAGCAGUUCAUGGCGCUUCUGAUGUCUACACUUUAUUCAACCGUCCCUACUCAUGUUUCCAAAGCUCUUUUGACACAGUUUCGCAGAGACUAUGCAUCAGUCCUGACACAUGGAAACCUGUGCCCCAGAAACAUCGUCGUGUCCAACAAUACGAUUGUAUGGAUCCUUGGUUGGGACUGUGCAGGACACUACCCGGUGUGGUGGGAGUACGCGCGCUUCUUUGAAGCACGAACCACGGAGGAAAACAGCGAUUGGUACGAGUAUGCCGAUGAAAUCUUUGCGGACGAAUAUCCGGCAGAGCUGGCGGCCUACCAAGGCAUAGCCAGAUGCCAGCAACCUUGA